AUGUCCCUUACAGGUAAGUCUUUCAAGUUGGCCGACGGCAACUCAAUUCCUGUGCCAGCCUAUGGCGUAGGCACCAAAUGGUUCAAAGCAGGCAGAGACGAAAUAGAUGAGAAGGUGAUUGAAGCAUUGAAGACUGCAUUGGAUCAAGGCUUUGUUCACAUAGAUGGUGCUGAAGUGUACAACACUGAUAAAGAGAUUGGUCAGGCAAUUGCUGGCGCUGACAGAAGCAAGUUGUACCUCACUGAUAAGUACCUUGUUGUGGGCAGCAGCCACUCCAAGAAGUCUCCUCAUGGCACUCCCUAUGACUCACUCAAGUACCACUUGAAGAACGAACUUAAGACGGACUAUGUCGAUUUAUACUUGCUCCACAGUCCUUUUAUCUCCAAGGAAUUUCACGGGUUUUCGUUGACCGAGGCCUGGCAGUCUGUGGAGAAGCUCAAGGACGAAGGCUUGGCUAAGUCAAUUGGUGUAUCCAACUUCAGAGUGGAGGAUCUUGAGGAGAUCUUGAAGGUGGCUAAGCAUAAGCCUGUGGUUAACCAGAUUGAGUUCAAUGCGUUCUUGCAGAAUCAGACUCCAGGCAUUGUGGAGUAUUCUCAAGAGCACGAUAUUUUGAUUGAGGCCUACAGUCCAUUAGGCCCAAUCACCAAGGGCAAUUCUUCAGAAUUCAACGGCUUGUUGAAGAGAUUGGGUGAGAAGUACAACAAGACUCCGGGCCAAAUCUUGUUGAGAUGGGUGCUCGAGAGAGGAAUCGUGCCAGUGACUACGUCUGCAAACCCAGACAGAAUCCGUCUGUUUGUUGAGAUUUUUAACUUCAGUUUGAACAAGGCAGAAACUAAGGAAAUCACUGAAGCUGGUGCCAAGGAGAAGCCCCUCAGACAGUACUGGCUUCCUGAGUUUGGUAAGUAUGACUAA